AUGCUCGAAGUGCCGACGAACAUGGUGAAAGAAAAUAAGUCUGUGACACCGAUCAGUAUGAUGAAAACUGGAGAAUCGUACGAACGAUCAUUAUCGUUUCGAUAUUACCGUCCACGUUUACUUGAACAGAAAAUGAAAACAAGCGAUGAAGAUGCCAAACCCCGCGAUCUACCAUCACAAAUGUGGCACCAUGUUUAUAAGUAUUAA